AUGUCUGAAGCGAAGGGUGCGACGCCGUUCGUUUCAUGCUUCGGCAAGAAGAAGACCGCCACUGCCGUGGCGCACGCCAAGGAAGGCAAGGGUCAGAUUCGCUUGAACGGCCAACCCAUUUCGCUCAUUCAGCCUGAUGUCCUCCGCUGGAAGGUGUACGAGCCAAUCCUUAUGGUGGGCGAGGACAAGUUUGCGCCUAUUGACAUUCGUAUUCGUGUGUCGGGCGGUGGUCACACCUCGCAGGUGUACGCGAUCCGCCAGGCUAUUGCUAAGGCGCUCGUUGCGUACUACGCAAAGUACUUUGACGCUGCUUCAGCCCUUGAGCUGCGCCAGCACUUCAUCUCGUACGACCGCACGCUGCUGAUUGCUGACCCGCGUCGCUGCGAGCCAAAGAAGUUCGGUGGUCACGGUGCACGCGCGCGCCGCCAGAAGUCGUACCGUUAA